AUGGGGGCCGACAGAGCCGGUCGACAAAGGGAGUACUACGUUUUUGUGUUUCAAAUGGCCCUAUUGCUUUUCAUCGGAAAGCAGGCUUUUGCUCAGAUACGGUACUCUAUUCCAGAGGAGGCGAAAGAAGGAACUGCUGUUGGAAAUGUUGCAAAGGAUCUUGGCAUUGAAAUCACCUCGUUAUCUGACCGGCGGUUCCGUGUUGUUUCUGGAUCACAGGAGACGUAUUUUGAGGUAAACCAGGACAAUGGGGCUCUGUAUGUCCACAGGAAAAUCGACAGAGAGGAGCUGUGUCACGGUGGUGGUGCAUGUCUAAUGGAGCUAAAAAUCCUGGUUGAAAACCCCUUGGAAAUGCACUAUGUAGUCGUAGAAAUUACAGAUGUCAAUGAUCACUUUCCUAGUUUUCCCGAAAAAGAACAGACAUUUGAAAUCGGGGAACAAACAUUACCAGGAAGGCGAUUCCAACUGCACGCUGCUCGUGAUCCCGAUGCUGGAAUUAACUCUAUCCGUACGUACACUUUAACAGCAAACGAUUAUUUUAAAGUAGACAUCCGUGAAAGCGAUGAAGACAAAAUUCCAUUUUUAGUGCUGAAAAAACCGGUCGACAGAGAACAAAAAAACAAACACGCGCUACUGGUUACAGCCGUUGAUGGAGGUAAACCUCCCAAAUCUGGGACACUAAAUGUUUCCAUUAAUGUUAUUGACAUUAAUGAUAAUCGUCCGAUGUUUAGUAAGGAGAUUUACCAAAUUACAAUACCUGAAAAUAUCCCCGUCGGUACUUCAAUAUGUAAAAUGAAUGCAACAGAUGCUGAUGAAGGCAUCAAUAGCGAACUUGAAUACAGCCUUGGAAAAACUAUGAAGAAAAAAUUAUAUGACAUUUUUGAAUUGGACAAAUUAACUGGAGAACUUAGAGUAAAGGCAGCAGUGGACUAUGAGGAAAACGAGGUGUACAAACUUGAUGUUGAGGCAUCCGAUAAAGGAACGCCUCCACUGAUAGGUGAGUGUAGAGUCAUUAUAAAGAUUAAAGAUGCCAAUGAUAAUGCACCAGAAAUAGAAGUAACAUCACUGUCAAAUAUAGUGUCUGAAGAUUCGAAACCUGGUACAGUCAUUUCACUGCUGAGUGCUGUGGAUAAAGACUCAGGUGUCAAUGGAAAAAUUAUAACAAGCAUAACAUCAGACGUGCCUUUUGAAUUAAAACCUUCUUAUAAGGAGAACAUUUAUUCAAUUGUCACUAAAGGAUUUCUGGAUAGAGAGGAGGUGUCACAUUAUGAAAUAACAAUAACAGCCACUGAUUGUGGUGAACCUCCAUUAUCUACUGUUAAAACACUGAGUAUUCAGAUAUCAGAUGUAAAUGAUAACAGACCACAGUUCAACCAAAAUCCAUUACAGUUUUACCUAAUAGAAAAUAACAUCGCUGGAAAGACAAUAUUAUCUGUAAGCGCGACAGACAAAGACGUUAAUGACAAUGCAGUGAUUUCUUUUCAUGUUGUAAGGGGAGCAACUGAAAAUGAUAUAACAUCAUUUCUGAAUAUUAACUCAGAAAGUGGAGAUAUUUUUGCACUAAAAAGUUUUGACUUUGAAAGUCUGAAAACGUUCCAGUUCCAAGUUGUUGCCUCAGAUUCUGGAACUCCGUCACUCAGCAGCAACAUCACAGUGAACGUGUUCAUUCUGGAUCAGAACGACAACGCUCCAGUCAUCCUGUACCCAGUCAGCUCUAACGGUUCUGCUGAAGGUGUGGAGGAGGUUCCCCGCAAUGUGAACGCAGGACACUUGGUGACUAAAGUCAGAGCCUAUGACGCUGAUAUACACUGUAAAAAAAGAUCCUAAUUUUACGGAUAUAACGGCUGGCUGCUGUUUUCACUGCAGGAAGUUACUGACCACAGCCUCUUUGGGUUGGACCGCUAUACAGGACAGAUCAGAACCCUUCGCUCAUUCACAGAGACAGACGAGGCGGAGCAUAAACUGGUCAUACUGGUGAAAGACAAUGGGAACGUGUCCCUCUCAGCAACAGCUACUGUGUUGGUCAAAGUUGUGGAGCCCAAAGAGGCUUUUGCUGCCGCUGAUGUUAAUAGUGCAACAAAGGAUGAGGAGGAUAAUAACGUGACUUUCUACCUGAUGAUAACUUUGGGCUCAGUUUCAACUCUUUUCCUCAUCAGUAUCAUCGUGCUGGUUGCAAUGCAGUGCUCUAAAUCCACAGACUACACUUCUAAAUAUAUACAAGAGCCUAAUUAUGACGGGACCCUGUGUCACAGCAUCCAGUACCGAUCUGGAGAGAAACGCUACAUGCUAGUUGGACCCAGAAUGAGUAUAGGAUCUACUAUAGUCCCGGGCAGCCACGCCAACACACUCAUGCUGCCUGACAGGAGGACUCCUGGAGAGACUUCAUUGUUUUGCUUGACAAUGGGAGAACGAGGACAAAGGCGCCGAGUGAGCUGCUGCUGGGUUGUCGGGAUUCUGUUGCUGUGCUGUGGGGAACGGAUUUUGGCCCAGCUUCGAUACUCUGUUCCAGAGGAACUACAAGUGGGAUCCCCUGUCGGAAAUGUUGCCAAGGAUUUAGGGCUUGACAUCAGCACUUUGACAGACAGGCGGUGUCGUAUUGUUUCGGGGCCCAACCAUGCUCUGUUUCAGUUCAACCAAAACAAUGGCGUUUUGUACAUUGGGCAUAUCAUGGACCGCGAGGAGCUCUGUGAUGGCAUCAAGGUGUGUUUGAUCAACCUGAAAAUUGUUGUAGAAAGCCCACUGGAAAUACAUUACAUCGCCGUUGAAAUAAUGGAUGUUAAUGACCAUUCACCGAUUUUUCCAGAAAGCGAGCAGCAGCUGGAAAUAGCGGAGCAUACUCCUCCAGGUACUCGUUUCCAAAUCCAUGCUGCUCGAGACCCUGAUGUCGGUCCACAGUCAGUCCGAUUAUAUAAAUUGAGCCAAAAUAAUUUUUUCGACAUUGAAAUCCGAGACAGCGAGGAGGACAAGAUACCAUUCUUAGUGCUGAAAAAGCCUUUAGACAGGGAGCAGAAGUCAGAACACCAUUUAGUGUUAACGGCUCUUGACGGGGGAAGUCCGUCGAGAUCUGGGAGUCUUAAUUUGACUAUAACUGUAAUAGACACAAAUGAUAACCGCCCUGUGUUCAGCAAAGACAUAUAUACUGUGUCAUUAGAUGAAAAUGCCCCGAUAGGAACUCUUGUAAUACAAUUAAACGCUACAGAUUUAGACGAAGGGUUAAACAGCGAAAUUGAAUACGCGUUUGGAAAAACACAGAAAAGAAAAGUGCAUGAUACAUUUGAAUUAGACAGCGUCACUGGUGAGAUUCGAGUGAAAGGAAAUGUAGACUUUGAGGACACGGAGAUUUAUAGACUGGAUUUGCAGGCGUCAGAUAAAGGCCAGCCCCCGUGGACGGCUGAAAGUAGAGUUGUGAUCAAAAUAAAAGACGUGAAUGACAACCAGCCAGAUAUUGAGGUGACAUCAUUGUCCAAUGUAGUAGCAGAAGAUUCAAAGCCUGGCACAGUUAUAUCACUUAUUAGUGUCACAGACAAAGAUUCGGGCUUGAAUGGGAAAGUUAUUUGUAAAAUAUUAAAUAAUGUUCCGUUUGAAUUAACACCAUCCAUUGAGGAAAACAUGUACUCUCUGGUCACAAAGGGGCGUUUAGACAGAGAAAGUGUGUCCCAUUAUGAUAUCACCAUAACAGCUACAGACUGUGGUGAUCCUCCACUUUCCCGUGUUAAAUCAUUCGUUGUUCAGGUCGCAGAUGUAAAUGACAACAGGCCACUUUUCAGUCAGAAUCCAUUUGAACUUUAUUUAGUAGAAAACAAUGUCGCCGGGGGAUCAAUAUAUUCUGUAAGCGCUGCUGACAGUGAUCUGACGGAGAAUGCAUUAAUAACAUACCACAUUGUGAGAGGUAAUGGGCUGCAUCGUGAAAUGACAUCUUUUCUGAAUAUAAAUUCGGAAAACGGACAAAUAUCUGCACUAAAAAGUUUUGACUUUGAAAGUCUGAAAACGUUUCAGUUCCAAGUUGUCGCCUCAGAUUCUGGAACUCCGUCACUCAGCAGCAACGUCACAGUGAACGUGUUCAUUCUGGAUCAGAACGACAACGCUCCAGUCAUCCUGUACCCAGUCAGCUCUAACGGUUCUGCUGAAGGUGUGGAGGAGGUUCCCCGCAAUGUGAACGCAGGACACUUGGUGACUAAAGUCAGAGCCUAUGACGCUGAUAUAGGAUAUAACGGCUGGCUGCUGUUUUCACUGCAGGAAGUUACUGACCACAGUCUCUUUGGGUUGGACCGCUAUACAGGACAGAUCAGAACCCUUCGCUCAUUCACAGAGACAGACGAGGCGCAGCAUAAACUGGUCAUACUGGUGAAAGACAAUGGGAACGUGUCUCUCUCAGCAACAGCUACUGUGAUGGUCAAAGUUGUGGAGCCCAAAGAGGCUUUUGCUGCCGCUGAUGUUAAAAGUGCAACAAAGGAUGAGGAGGAUAAUAACGUGACUUUCUACCUGAUGAUAACUUUGGGCUCAGUUUCAACUCUUUUUCUCAUCAGUAUCAUCGUGCUGGUUGCAAUGCAGUGCUCUAAAUCCACAGACUACACUUCUAAAUAUAUACAAGAGCCUAAUUAUGACGGGACCCUGUGUCACAGCAUCCAGUACCGAUCUGGAGAGAAACGCUACAUGCUAGUUGGACCCAGAAUGAGUAUAGGAUCUACUAUAGUCCCGGGCAGCCACGCCAACACACUCAUGCUGCCUGACAGGCUGCCUGACAGGAGGACUCCUGGAGAGGAGCGUAUUGCUGUUUGGUUCCACUUCCACCUCCUGGCAACAUUUUCACUUCGAUACUGA